CAACCCUGACAAAACCGCCAUAUUUUUUUGUUGCAUUUUGAGGUUAUCUUAAAACCGACGCCGCUAUUGUUUUUACUAAAAGUAAUAAAAUAAUAUAGUCAAAAUGAAACUCGUACGGUUUCUAAUGAAGCUUAGCCACGAAACUGUGACAAUCGAAUUGAAAAACGGUAGUGUUGUGCACGGUACGAUCACAGGCGUCGAUGUCGCUAUGAACACACAUUUAAAGGCUGUAAAAGUUACAUUGAAGAACCGUGAAGAGAUGCAAUUGGAGACUUUGAGCAUACGCGGGAAUAACAUAAGGUAUUUCCUACUACCGGACAGUCUGCCUUUGGAAACUCUAUUAAUCGACGACGCGCCGAAAGGCCGUGGCAAACGCGAAGGAUUCCCGAGAGGCGGGACCCGAGGCGGACGCGGAAGAGGUCGCGGAGGCCGUGGAGGCCCGCGCGGAGGCCGCGGCGGCAGAGGCAGGGGCCGCCGAUAAACACCAGUGUUCUCUAGCUCAUAAGUUUCUAUUCCCACAUAAGUUUGUGAUUAUAUUUGUGUAAGUCAUAAGUAA